AUGGCCGGUGGUAGAUUAACUAUAUGUAUUUUAUUUUUUAUGUCAACUUAUUGUAAUGGUCAAAUUUACAAGUUUUCGAGAAACGAGACCUUUUCACAUCCGAGGAAGAAACUAAACGGCCAUAUCAUAUCGGAAUUUACAACAAAACAUUUAGUUACUCAGUGUGCUAUGGAAUGCUUUCAAAACAAAAGGUGUGCGUCUUUUAAUUUUGACCAAAAAGACCAUGUUUGUCAGCUGAACGAUGCUACGCAUAUUGACUACCCCGGUGAUUUUGAAAAUAACAACUCUGAAUUUGACUAUCAUCUUCGAGGAGCAUUUUCUAUAGACCCAGAAGCAGUAGGACCAUGUGGAAGUUACCCCUGUAAAAAUAAUGGACAAUGUUUAGAUAAUUAUAGAGAUGAUGACGGAAACAGAAUUUAUCUAUGUUUAUGUAGCAAUGGAUGGGGAGGACAGAAUUGUGAUAUACAAAAACACAGAUUGGCCUGGUCUGAUUGGUCAGGAUGGGGAGGAUGUUCAGCUUCCUGUGGAAAUGGAUAUCAGAUAAGAAAUCGUGCAUGUAAAGAUACAGUGACUAAUGAAGAUAGACCAGACACGGAUUGUUAUGGGUCAGAUAUUGAGUACCAAACCUGUCCAUACAAAAAGUGUCCUAGUUGGGAUGAAUGGGGAGGCUGGGAUGAAUGUUCAACAAAGAAUACAUGUGGUCCUGGUACAAUGGUGAGAACCAGGAACUGUAGUAAUGGUGGUGUAGUGGGUGUAGAUAGAUACUGUCUUGGUCCAUCAUCAGAAUCAGCUGUCUGUGACAGUCUUAAAUGUAAAGGAAUGGUGAGACUUCGUAAUGGUACACUAUUUGGAGAAGGUAGAAUAGAGAUGCACAAUGAUAUAACUAGAGAGUGGUUACAGGUGUGUGGUGAUAACUGGGACUUACCUUCAGCUCAAAUUGUUUGUAAACAGAGAGGAUUUAUUGGAGCUUUUAAUGCUAUUUCAGAUAGUUCUUACCCAAGUAAUGCAAGUCAGCCAGGUAUUAUUGUGAAAUGUAAUGGUACAGAAAAAACACUACAAGGCUGUGAGAGACAUGAGAUUGACUCAUGUGAGACAGUUGCUGGGGCGCAGUGCAGAGUGAAAGGAGUUUGGAGUUUAUGGGCUCUAUGGGGCGAAUGUUCAGUAACUUGUGAAGAUGGGAUAAGGACUAGAAGGAGAGAAUGUAAUCACCCCCCACCAAAUCAUGGAGGACAACCCUGUCCUGGCAAUGAAGUAGAUUAUAAGAACUGUACAAUGAUUAUGUGUCCAGUGGAUGGAUUUUGGGCUGCCUGGUCCCCCUGGUCAGACUGUUCAGUCACCUGUGAGAAUGGUACCCAGUACAGAACAAGGGAGUGUAAUGCACCAAAACAUGAUGGUGCUGAUUGUCCUGGAGAUGACAGAGAAGUUAGAGGAUGCUUUCCAAAAAUGUGUCCAGUGGAUGGUUACUGGACAGCAUGGAAAAGUUGGUCUGAAUGUUCUGCCACCUGUGGAUAUGGAAAUCGUAAUCGUUCCAGAACUUGUAUUGAACCACUUUAUGAUGGUGCCCCAUGUCCUGGGCCAGACUCGGAAAUUGAAGCUUGUAACUCUUUCUCCUGUCCAAUUGAUGGAUCAUGGAAACUUUGGGAGGCCUGGAGUGAUUGUAGUACAACCUGUGGUGGUGGAGGUCGUAACAGAACAAGAGAAUGCAAUGAAGCCAUGCAUGGAGGUGGUGAUUGUAUUGGUGUUUCCAUGGAAACAGAGAGUUGUAACACACAUCACUGCCCAGUUGACGGUGUGUGGUUAGAAUGGGCAGAUUGGACGGAUUGUUCUAUUUCUUGUGCUGUGGGUUGGCAGUCAAGGAACAGAACUUGUCUUGGACCUUUCUAUGGUGGUGACAACUGUACAGGAGAUAUAUCUGAAGUACAAGACUGUAUGUUGGUAGAGUGUCCUGUUGAUGGUGUGUGGCAGCCCUGGUCUCUGUGGGAUAGCUGUAAUGUUACCUGUGGGGGAGGAGGACAGAGUAGAUAUAGGACUUGUAUACAACCUCAGUUUGGAGGUGCACCCUGCAAUGGAUCAGAGAUUGAUUAUAAAGAUUGUAAUACACACAACUGCCCUGUGAAUGGUACUUGGCAUGCAUGGAGUAACUGGACUGAUUGUACAACAACAUGUGGUGGAGGACUCCAGACAAGAAAUCGGACCUGUGAAGAACCAAAAUAUGGGGGAUUUUAUUGUGAAGGCCCAGAUGAGGAGACAAGAAAUUGUAGUACUCAUAACUGCCCAGUUGAUGGUUAUUGGGAAGAUUGGACUGAUUGGGCAAUUUGUCCUGUCACCUGUGGAGCAGGAAGUCAGAACAGGUCUAGGACAUGUGUCGAACCAUUGUAUGGAGGUCAUUACUGUGAUGGGAAUAGCUCUGAAAUCCAAGAUUGUAAUGUACAAGACUGUCCAGUUGAUGGUCAGUGGGAUCUGUGGUCUGACUGGUCAGAUUGUACAUUAACCUGUGGAUCUGGUACACAGAUGAGGAAUCGCACCUGUGUAAAUCCUAAAUUUGGAGGAUCUUCUUGUGUAGGGGAUAGCACAGAAGAACAGUCUUGUAACACACACCACUGCCCAGUGGAUGGAUAUUGGCUAGAAUGGACAGAGUGGGAUGAAUGUUCUGCCUCUUGCGGUGAUGGUGAACAGUCGAGGAACAGAACCUGCAUGGAGCCCCUGCAUGGUGGUAAACCAUGUGACGGAAACAAAAACGAAACAAAACACUGUAACAUUGCAAGCUGUGCAAUUGACGGUAUUUGGAUGCCAUGGACGGAAUGGUCAGAUUGUGACUUGACAUGUGGAGGUGGGACAAGAUUCCGUAACAGAACCUGUAAUGGACCUUUUUUGGGUGGAGAGGAAUGUAAUGGAACAGCAUUAGAGACAGAAUUUUGUUCAGUAGAACCUUGUCCAGUUGAUGGGAUGUUUACUCUGUGGAUGCCAUGGACUAAUUGUGAUGUCACAUGUGGAGGAGGGUCAAGGUCACGUAAAAGAUUUUGCAAUGGACCAUAUUAUGGAGGAAAGGAUUGUAAUGGCAGUUUAUUUGAAGUAGAAGACUGUUCAACAGGUCCAUGUCCAGUUGAUGGAAUAUUUACGGAAUGGACUAUUUGGCAAAGUUGUCCUGUGACUUGUGGUGGAGCAGAACACCAGAGAGAGAGAAUGUGUGUUGGACCAUUCUUUGGAGGAGCAGAUUGUGAUGGUGAUGAUAUAGAUAACAGAAGAUGUAAUGAAAAUCCAUGUCCAGUUGAUGGUCAGUGGAGUCUGUGGUCACAAUGGGCUGACUGCACAGUCAGUUGUGGUGGUGGUUCAGCAAGACGAUAUCGUUUCUGUACACCUAGUACUCAUGGCGGAGAAGAUUGUGAAGGACUUGGUGAAGAAUUUAUGGAAUGUAACAACCAGAGUUGUCCAGUUGAUGGAGUGUUUGGAGAAUGGACAGAAUGGUCUGACUGCACCAAAAGGUGUGGUGGAGGGGAUAUGUAUAGAAACAGAACCUGCAUUGGUCCAUGGUUUGAUGGUCAGCCAUGUGAAGGACAAUGGAAUCAAACUGCUGGUUGUAAUGAACAUGAUUGUCCAGUUGAUGGUUACUGGGACAAAUGGAAGGCAUGGGGUGUGUGUAAUGUGACCUGUGGCGGCGGCAUUCAAAUAAGAUUACGUGAAUGUAUAAUGCCACUCCAUGGAGGCCAGGGAUGUGAUGGCUCUAAUACUAACAGUCAAGAAUGCAACACAAACCAUUGUCCAAUUGAUGGAGAGUGGAAAGAAUGGGGGAAAUGGAAUCACUGCAGUACAACAUGUGGAGGUGGUAUACAGUCACGCAGUAGGGAAUGUAUUGAACCACAGUAUGGUGGUGCUCCUUGUCAGGGGAACAAUACAGAUUAUAUGUCUUGUAAUGACUUUGAGUGUCCAAUUGACGGUGUAUGGAAUGAAUGGGAGCCAUGGAGUGUAUGCACCUUAACUUGUGGAACUGGGACACAGUUUAGGAAUAGAACUUGUGAUGGUCCUUACUUUGAUGGUGCUCCAUGUAAUGGGAGUGAUUUAGAAACACAAGACUGCAAUACACACCACUGCCCUUUGAAUGGAAUCUUCAGUGAAUGGAGUGACUGGUUCCUGUGUAGUGUAACUUGUGGUGGGGGAGAGCAGUGGAGGAACAGAACCUGUAAUGGUCCAUACUAUGAAGGUGCUCCCUGUGAAGGGAGGUAUAAUGACUCACAAUCAUGUAAUGGGCAUGAAUGUCCAAUUGAUGGUGUGUGGACCAAUUGGACUAAUUGGGACACAUGUAACGUAACAUGUGGUGGUGGUAUGCAUUGGAGAUACAGAUCAUGUAAUGGACCUUUCUUUGGAGGGGCUAACUGUUCUGGACCUGCAGAAGAUAGUCAAACAUGUAAUGAUCAUCCUUGUCCAAUUGAUGGCUAUUGGGAUGAUUGGAAUAAUUGGGAAUCAUGUAAUGUCACAUGUGGAGGAGGAGUACAACAGAGGACAAGGACAUGUGUGGAGCCUCUUUAUGGUGGAGCAGACUGUACAGGCCCUGAUACAGACUAUCAAGAUUGUAACACACAGAACUGCCCUGUUGAUGGAUAUUAUGAAGAUUGGGGACAAUGGGAAAAUUGUACUGUUACUUGUGGAGGAGGGACAAAAACUAGAAGAAGAACCUGUAUAGAGCCAAUGUAUGGAGGUGCUAACUGCACAGGCCCCAGUGAAGAAGAUACUGACUGCAACACAAAUUACUGUCCAGUUGAUGGUAUAUGGAAGGUGUGGUCUGAUUGGUCUGACUGUACCACUACAUGUGGGGGUGGAACCAGUACUAGAAAUCGAACAUGUACUGGACCUUAUUAUGGUGGUGCAGAUUGUGAGGGUGUAAGGAUAGAAGACAAAGUUUGUAACACUAAUCCUUGUCCAAUUAAUGGAGAUUGGUUUGAAUGGGGACAAUGGAGCCUCUGUACAGUAACAUGUGAUGGAGGGCUGAGGUCAAGGUCACGUGAAUGUGACAUGGAAUCCUAUGGCAACUUGACUGCAGCAUGUGCAGGAGAUGCCACAGUAACAGAAGCGUGUCAUACGUUUUCAUGCACCCCAUACGAACCACACUGUGAUGGUUGGGGUAAACAAGGACUGGUGGACAGUACAUUUGCCUGGGUAGCACCUGUAACCAAGUUUGGAUUUCAACUUGAUGCCGUUGAAGUUUACUGUGACAUGGAAUCGCAUAAUGGGACUGGAGUCACUGUCAUUGGCCAUAACAAAGAGAUGAAGACUAGAGUGAGUGGAUUUGAAGGAUCAGGUGACUACGCCCUCAUUCUAACUUAUAACAUUAGUAUAGGACAUGCUGCAUCCAUCAUUGAUGCAUCAGAAAAUUGCAGUCAGUUCCUUCAGUGGCAGUGUAAAGGUGCAGUCAUACAUAACCCAAACCAAGAAGGCCAUUGGACGACAUUCUGGACUAAUCGAACAACCGCUUACAUUCCUGAUGGCCAGCAAAAGCCAGCAGCUGAUUACUUCCCUGGGGCAGUACCAGGUAGUGGGAUGUGUGCCUGUGGAUCUAACAAUAACUGUAAUAGUUCUGAUGUCACAUGUAACUGUGAUAUUAAUGAUGCAGAUUGGCGUUCAGAUGAAGGUUAUGUAACAAACAAGGCAGAAUUACCUAUUGUAGCAUUUUAUGCUGGUGAUACAGGUAAUGAGGGAGUUGAAGAAGGAGUAGUUACCAUUGGCAGAGUAUACUGUACAGGAGAUUCCAAUCUUUAAUAGCGCAUACAGAUAUCACUAUGUAUUAAACCUAGAUAUACACCUAUAUAGCGCUGUAGUGUAUUUUCUUGUAGCAAGUUUAUCAAACUUUUACUUUUUUAAUUUAUGUUCAAAAUGUCUUGACAUUCAGUUUUAAAUUGAAAUUUGUCAAAUAUCAAUGUUUAAGAUUUUCUUUUAAAAAAAAUUAAACGAUACACAGUUUUGUAAAGCAGG